GAAUGGCCCUGCUGCUGACCACGGCCGCUCAACCACCCGGCCGCGAUGACUCGGAACGUCCCGACCGCCGUCCACCGGAGCAACGGGACCGCGACCGGGACGAUCGUGAUCGGGAACCAGGCCGCGAACGGUUUGGCCCCGGAGGCUUCGGCGGUCCAGGCGGCUUCGCGGGCCGCGGUGGCCCGCCGGGUGGUGAGCAACGCAAGCUGCUGAAAGAGUUCGACCGCGACGAAAACGGCUGGCUCAACCGAGAAGAACGCGCUGAAGCUCGGAAAGCCGCUCAACAGCAGCAAGAGGGACAGCGUCGGCCGGGGCCGUUCGGUCGCGGUGGCUUCCGAGGUGAACGGGAACCGGCAAAGCCUGGUGCUCAGGUGCGUCCUGGAGAAGUCGCCAGCUAUCCGGAGGCCGAGCUGUACGACCACAGCGUGGUGCGGACUUUGUUCUUCGAAUUUGAAAACGAAGACUGGGAACAGGAACUGGAAGACUUUCACAAUACGGAUGUCGAUGUUCCCGCCACGAUGAUCGUUGACGGAAAACGCUACGAGAACGUCGGCAUGCGUUUUCGAGGCAUGUCGUCGUACGGAAUGGUGCCGGCCGGCUAUAAGCGUUCGUUCAACGUGUCUGUCGAUCUGGCGGAGGACGAUCAGCGUCUCUACGGCUAUCGCACCCUGAACCUGCUGAACAGCCACGGCGAUCCAACGUUUCUGAGCACGGUGCUGUAUUCCAAAAUCGCGUCUCCUUACAUCCCGGUGCCGCAGGCGAAUCACGUUCAUGUCGUCAUCAACGGAGAAAGCUGGGGCGUGUAUGUGAAUGUGCAGCAGUUCAACAAAGACUUUCUGGCCGAGCACUUUGAAUCGACGAAAGGGACACGUUGGAAAGUCAGCGGCAGUCCGCGCGCUGAUGGUGGACUGCGAUACCUGGGCGAUGAUCUGGAUGAAUACAAACAGCGGUUCGAAAUGAAGUCGAACGAUGGCAGGAAGGCCUGGAAUCGACUGGUCGAGCUGUGCCGUACGCUGAAUGAGACUCCUCUGGAAGAACUGGAAUCGGCCCUGGAACCGAUGCUCGACAUUGAUUCAACGCUGAAGUUUCUGGCUCUGGAUGUCGCCCUGGUGAAUAGCGACGGCUAUUGGACGCGAGCCAGUGACUACAGCCUGUUUCUGGACAAAGACAAACGGGCGAUCGCCGAGGCGAAGCUGGUGGUCGAGAGGAUCGAGAAGGCAGUGACCGAGAUCGCGCUGAUCGGCCGCGCGGACGAGACGGCCGCCGAGGUGAAGGUGAGCGUGGACCGGGCCGUGGGCGAGGUGGAUUCGGCGGUCCUCCAGUACGUGAGACAAAUUGCGGAAGAAUCGCUGCACUGGGAUGAUGUCGCCCCCUUCGUGACUCAGCAGGCGCAGCUGCUGCAACCCUACGUUGCCGCUGAUACUCGUCGGCUCACGUCGCUGGAAGAAUUUGAAGCUUCCACAUCCGUAAACGAGCAGUCGGCACAGGACUCGGGUGGUGGAACGGCUGCGGAGCCUGACAAUUCGCUGCGAUCGUUCUUCGAAAAACGACGCGCCUUCCUGCUGGAGGCGACUGAGCCGAAGUAA